AUGGAGCCCGAAUCCGACAACCUAUAUGUCGUUUACAAGUCCAAGCUUGAGCCAAAUUGGGUGAGUCAAGGCUUGGCGAAACGGAGUUCUACAUCAGAGCUCCGAAAAGACAACGAUAACGAACUACCAUAUCGAAUACAACCGGAGGAUGUCACUCAGGAGAAUCAUCCAUGGGGAGAUAUCGCAGCAGUCUAUCGAACUGGCGAAAACGUCAAGCAGCAGAGGCGUAGAGAGUCUCGUUUCGGUGACGCUGCAUUGGUAUUGCGGCACAUUGUCGUUAAGAAGCAAAUGGAAGAACGUGUGAUAUCGCAGCUCGAGAUCCAGUCCAAUUCCCUGCGGAGUGCUUUCAUCGAAAUUGCUUCAGGGCUCGUCAACAUCAACCUACAUCAGGAUCCAAUCAUAAUUCCUGAUCCCUAUGUAGAGAUUUGUCAUUGCCAAAGGCGGAUUCAUGAGGCAAUUGAUACCUCUAAGGAUAAAUCUCUGCGUGAUCAGCUGCAGCUUCUGCAGAUGUUCCGAGAGGAUUACAUGGCCCGUACGAUCACUGAUCUGCAAGCCCUGGAGCCUAAUGGGUUGAUAACAUUCGACCUUCUGUCGUUUAUCUUUGCCCCUGGAACGAGUUUGUUCGAUGACGUCGUUGCUGGGAAGGGGAGAGGUCUUGUUUUCCUCCUACACGGGCCUCCAGGAAGCGGUAAAACCAUGACAGCGGAGGUCGUGGCAGAAAGUUUGCAGUGUCCAGUGUAUUACACAUCCGGUGGAGAACUUGGACUCAAAAUGUGGGAGAUAGAGUCCAACUUGCGUCUCAUAUUCAAACGCAUGCAGCGGUGGGGUGCCAUUUUGCUUUUUGAUGAGGCAGACACAUUCAUGGCAAAGCGCAGCGAAGACAACAUUGAACGCAAUGCUCUCGUAUCCAUUCUUCUUCGCAUGUUGGAAUACCAGUCUGGUAUUCUGUUUCUCACAACCAACAGGAUUGAUGAUUUUGACACUGCCUUCUUCUCCAGAAUCCACGUUCGUCUCGAGUUCGACAAGCCUGGAGCUCCACAGAGGACUUUGAUCUGGUCUUAUCUUGCCGAGAAAGAUGGCCACAAUAUCUCUCAAGAAGAGUUUGCAAAGCUUGGAAACCUCCCGAUGGAUGGACGACGCAUCAAGAACGUUCUACGGGUUGCGUCGCUUUUAUGUCGCUCGCGGGACGCGGCUGGGAAGACAACUAUAGACGAUGUGAAAAAUUCGCUCAGAAUUUCUGCUGGAGAUCCGAAUGAUGAGGGAGCUGAGCAGGCAAUUCAGGACUUUUGUGGGUAA